CUCCUCUCCAGUCCACCCGGGUCUCCCCUGGCUGGCGCCGGCCGGGAACAGCUCGGCUCCAAACCGGCCACCCGGUCCCCGCCGGCUCCUUCUCCUCCCCCGCACUCCCGCCCCCGGCCGCUGCAGCAGCGCGGGGCUGAACGGGCGGGGAGGUUGGGUUUCGACCGGGGCUCAGGAGGACCCCGCUUCCCGCCGCCCCCAAACUCCCAGGCAGAGCCGGAGCGGCCCCCUCCCCUGGGCAGGAGUGAAGAUGGGCUUCUAAGAUGACGGUUGGAAAGCGUGCUCCCAGGCAGGAAGGCCAGGCUACCCCGGGAUGGGGGCUUGAGUCAGGAAACGCGGGCUCCCGGCCCUCCAGGGAAGGAGACGUGGUCUGAGAGAUGCCACCUUCCUGCAGCCUCACCGACUCCAGCAGAACACAGUCUCCUUUGAGGUGGCGUGGAUGAGGGCGUGACAGAGGAUGCUGCCCCCAUCUGAAGCCUCCGGAGGAUCCUGGCCUGGCAGCUGAGCUUCCCGCGGCUUUGGGACUUCAGGUGUAGAGCUCAUGAAAGGUGCUUGGGUUUCUCCAGCUUUCUUCACCAGUGCUCAGCAGACUGGUUUGGGUUUUCAGAAUCGAAGAUGAGCUGGUAGAAAGGGGAGCUGACAGAGGUGGAAAGAACCCUCUGGAAGCCUCCAGAAUCCGUUAUCGAAAUCCCUUCAUACUGCUUGGGACGCAGAGAGCAGCUAUCAAGCUGCUGGAGGCUGUGAUACAACUGAACUUUGGACCAUCAUAAGUAAAGGAACACAGCUUAGCAACAGCUUCACGUUUCAGCCAGAAGGAGCCUCUUUUAACAGAGAUUUCAAGGGAACAGUGUCUGCAUCUUUACUUUGAGAUCCGUUAUGAUAGGAAAUUUUACGUUCACAUAGAUAACAGGACCUGUUUUUCUUUCCAACAUGCUAUAUUUGAAAGAAGCAUGAACCUUUCGAAGCUUCGAGGAGGGUUCAGGAUAUGCUGGAGUUAGAGGACAGCCCCCUCACUGCAAGUUAAAAAGACAGUCUGAGCUCCGACUUCUGCAGCUCAGCGAGUGUAGACAUAUGCCACUCUUGUCUCCAGAGAGCUGGUGGCAGUGACAUCACCAGGAGAAAAAGCAUCUUUCAGCUUUGGACUUGACAGAAUGAGGUGUGCUGGGGAAGCCACUAGCUGUAACUUGGGCUUUCGUGACUGCCCCUUCAUCAUUCGGGCAGCCCCUGACCACUAAGCCAACAAUGGCCGAGAAGGGCGACUGCAUCGCCAGUGUCUAUGGGUAUGACCUCGGUGGGCGCUUCGUUAACUUCCAACCCCUGGGCUUCGGCGUCAAUGGGCUGGUGCUGUCAGCCGUGGACAGCAGGGCAUGCCGGAAGGUGGCCGUGAAGAAGAUCGCCCUGAGUGACGCCCGCAGCAUGAAGCAUGCGCUCCGAGAGAUCAAGAUCAUCCGGCGCCUGGACCACGACAACAUCGUGAAGGUGUACGAGGUGCUGGGGCCCAAGGGCACUGACCUGCAGGGCGAGCUGUUCAAGUUCAGCGUGGCCUACAUCGUCCAGGAGUACAUGGAGACCGACCUGGCUCGCCUGCUGGAGCAGGGCACGCUGACAGAGGAGCACGCAAAGCUAUUCAUGUACCAGCUGCUCCGUGGGCUCAAGUACAUCCACUCCGCCAACGUGCUGCACAGGGACCUGAAGCCCGCCAACAUCUUCAUCAGCACGGAGGACCUUGUGCUCAAGAUUGGUGAUUUCGGGUUGGCAAGGAUCGUGGACCAGCAUUAUUCACACAAGGGUCAUCUGUCAGAAGGGUUGGUAACGAAGUGGUACCGCUCACCUCGCCUGCUCCUCUCCCCCAACAACUACACCAAAGCCAUCGACAUGUGGGCCGCCGGCUGCAUCCUGGCCGAGAUGCUCACGGGGAGAAUGCUCUUUGCAGGGGCACACGAGCUGGAGCAGAUGCAGCUUAUCCUGGAGACCAUCCCUGUGAUCCGGGAGGAGGACAAGGAUGAGCUGCUCAGGGUGAUGCCUUCCUUCGUCAGCAGCACCUGGGAGGUGAAGAGGCCGCUGCGCAAGCUGCUCCCCGAAGUGAACAGCGAAGCCAUUGACUUUCUCGAGAAGAUCCUGACCUUUAACCCCAUGGAUCGCCUCACAGCCGAGAUGGGGCUGCAGCACCCCUACAUGAGCCCCUACUCAUGCCCCGAGGACGAGCCCACCUCGCAGCACCCCUUCCGCAUCGAGGAUGAGAUUGACGACAUCCUGCUGAUGGCCGCCAACCAGAGCCAGCUCUCCAACUGGGACAGGUACCCUGUGAGCUUGUCGUCGGACCUGGAGUGGCGGCCCGACCGGUGCCAGGACGCGAGCGAGGUGCAGCGCGACCCACGCGCGGGCUCGGCGCCGCUGGCGGAGGACGUGCAGGUGGACCCGCGCAAGGACUCGCAGAGCAGCUCCGAGCGCUUCCUGGAGCAGUCGCAUUCGUCCAUGGAGCGCGCCUUCGAGGCCGACUACGGGCACUCCUGCGACUACAAGGUGGGGUCGCCGUCCUACCUGGACAAGCUGCUGUGGCGCGACAACAAGCCGCACCACUACUCGGAGCCCAAGCUCAUCCUGGACCUGUCGCACUGGAAGCAGGCGGCCGGUGCGCCCCCCACCGCCGCGGUGGCCGCGGAUCCCGGGGCUCGCGAGGAUGAGCCUGCCAGCCUCUUCCUGGAGAUCGCGCAGUGGGUCAAGAGCACGCAGGGCGGCCCUGAGCACUCCAGCCCGCCCCGCGAGGGCCCCGAGCGCCGCCUGUCUGCCUCUCCGCCCGGCCGCCCGGGCCCCAUAGACGGGGGCGCCAGCCCCCAGUUCGACCUGGAUGUGUUCAUCUCCCGCGCCCUCAAGCUCUGCACCAAGCCCGAGGACCUGCCGGACAAUAAACUGGGCGACCUCAACGGCGCGUGCAUCUCCGAGCAUCCUGGGGAUCUCGUGCAGACCGAGGCCUUCUCCAAAGAAAGGUGGUGAGGGCGGAGGUGGCGCCCCAGGCCCCCAAGCAGGAGGCCCCACCCGGGACAGCCUGGGCCUGGCAGGAGGGGGCCACCUCCCUGGCACCUCCACCACCCCUUCCACGCCUCUCUGCUGCCUUGAGGUUAGCAGAACACAGGAAGGAUCCGAGGAGUGAGAGGAAUGUCCAUUUCUUAAACUGCCUUAAUAACUAGCCUUUAACCUCUGGGAGCGGGUUUGAACAGGAGCCUAGAUUGGGGGCUGACUGCUCUCCCAGUGCAGAGGAGGCCCUGGCUUUUUAUAAGUGGUGGUGUGCAGGGAAGAAACAUGUCUUCGGCAGCAGUGUCUGCAGGCCCUGCCUGGGUGGCUGGGUGCAGAGGAACCUUGCAGGCACAGUGUUGAAACCAUCUCACCCAACUGGCCUCAACCGACAGGUGAGGAAGCACAGAGAGCCCCGGAGAAGCAAGUGACCUAAGGUCAGGGCCUAGUCAGUGUCCCAGAAAGCCUUGAAUCCCAGUCUCCUGCCCCCAGGCCAGUGUCUGUCCACUACAUAAUGUCUUCCUCCGCUGGGGUCACUCUGGCUUUUCAAUCAGAAAACAUGGUCCAAGGUGUUUCUUCCCUGUCCAUUACCAUCUAACCCAUUCUAUAUUCUUUUAUUCAGAGCAAUGUUUCUUGUAUUCCAAAAUUGGAAACUGAGCCAGUUUUACCCUAGUCACCAAGCAUACUUUUUCUGGCUCUUCAGGUCCUUAAAAAUUCCCAUCUGCCACACCCCUGUAUUUGCCUCACCCCUGCAUGGUCUGAAAUCUUUAUUUCAGACCAGACCAGUUUGGGGUCUGUGGGUAAAAUGACUCAUUCUCUUGGGCCUGUGCACACACCUCCUCCAGAACUCCCUAUGCACUUUCCAGAAAUGUGCGCAGACACAAAGACACAGCCCUACUUCCUGAGGGGACAUCAUACAUGGGUGAGUUUGAAGACAGCUAUUCCAAGACUCCCUCCAGCCUGCACCCCACUCCCCCAUGCACGUAUACACAGCUCCUUUCCAACCCAACACUGGGAACUCAUGUUCUCGGCAUGAGGACAAAAACAAUGAGGUGCCCGCCAUAGAGAAACUGUGUUAGGAGAGAAGAUUUCACAUGAGACCUAUCAGGCUUCAUUAAUACCACCCUUGAUUUUGAUUGCCCUUUUAGCCUUGGCAAAGAGCAGCCCCUAAAGAAAUGCACUGGAGAGCAAGUGGCCUUGGGGGCAGGAAUCCAGAAAGAUAGGACGGUAUGAAAGGUGGGAUGCCAACAGCGAGGGCCCUCAGGGGUCAGGCACCAGCAUGGGGACCCCAUGACAAAGGAAGGGACUCCAAGCCACCAUGCCCCUCAUCGCUUAGGCUAGGAUGAGUUUGGAGCAUGCAAACCCAGAGGUGUGCUGGCACACAGAACCUGGGGUGAUGGUGUGUGGCCCAGCAGGGGCUCUGCAGAAGCAUAGUCCAUCCCCUGGAAUGCCCUGCCAUUUCCAUCACUGGCGUUCAGCUCCCCAUCCCCAAAGAUACCCACAGGAAGUCUAGCCAAUCUGUAAGCAGAGUUGUCCCCAGUGUUGGUCUUGGGCUGUGGUCACCCUCACCUCAACAGCACCUUAAAUCUAAUCAGCUAACUAGGAUUUGUACAUUGAAACCUGCUACAUGUUAGAAACUUAUAUUUAAAAACAGAAUUAAUCACACUGACCAAUUUUUAAAUGGAAAAUAUGUAAAUAUGAAGUGUUUUGGUUUUUUCUUUCUUUUUUUUUUUUUAAAGAAGAGGAAAUGUACACCGCUCCUCAUGUGCCAUUUGUCCUCAGAGGGCGGCUUUACGUUUUUGGUAAAGGAACAAGCUGCUGACCUUGACUAGGAGUUCAUUUAUAAUUGUUAUUACAGAGGAAUUGUUAUUACUACUCAUGUUUUAAAAAGAUCUAUUAAACAUUAUUAAACUUGAUCAGGACGGGCCAAAUAAAGUUUUAUUGGAACACAGACUCA